UAUGCGACUAGAGCGAGAUUACGGAAAAUCCUCAAGCUUCGGAGUUCAACCCAACAUAUCCGCGACAUUUUGAAUUCGAGCGGUCUCUAAGUCCCGUCAGAGCCACACGACUUCAUCCACAAGGCUCGCUCUUCUUUCUCCUCACCCCUCAAAUUCAUCAAUUGAGGUCUCCUCUUCCUCUUAGUGUCAUUUAAUUCACAUUCGCGAGCAGCGAGCGCUCCAUCCGUCACAAUGUUCACAGCAGUACUCAGGCGACGGGCGCUUCAGUCCACAAACCUCCCUUUUCAAUUCGCAAGAUGUUACGCUGCGAAGUCAUACCCUCCACACUCGAUCGUCUCUAUGCCAGCGCUGUCGCCGACGAUGACUUCCGGUAACAUUGGCCAGUGGCAGAAAAAGGCCGGUGAUGCAAUCGUACCUGGUGAUGUCUUGGUGGAGAUUGAGACCGAUAAGGCACAGAUGGACUUUGAGUUCCAGGAGGAGGGUGUUUUGGCCAAGAUUCUGAAGGAUUCUGGCUCGAAGGACAUCGCAGUUGGCAACCCAAUUGCGGUCAUGAUCGAAGAGGGGGAGGACGCAUCGGCGUUCGCGGAUUUCACAAUUGAGGAUGCUGGUGGACAAGCUGCCGCUGAGGCACCAAAGGAGCAAGCUUCCGAGUCGAAGGAGUCGACCCCAGCGGCACCCAAGCCAGCCCCAACACCCGCUGCUGAGGAGUCUGCAUCCAGCGGAGGCAAGCUCCAGUCCGCCCUGGACCGUGAGCCCAAUGCCAGCCCCGCUGCUCAGCGUCUGGCUAAGUCCAACGGCGUCAAGAUCAGCUCCGUCAAGGGCACCGGUUCCGGCGGACGCAUUACGGAGGAGGAUGUUAAGAAGGCCUCUUCGGGUGCUGCCACUAGCGCCGCUGCCGCGCCUGCUGCUGCCUCUUACACGGACAUCGAGACCACCUCCAUGCGCAAGGUCAUUGGAAGCCGCCUCCAGGAGUCGUGGAACCAGAGCCCACACUUCUUCGUUGCCUCGUCGGUUUCGGUUACCAAGCUCCUUAAGCUCCGCCAGUCCCUCAACUCCACUGCUGAUGGACAGUACAAGCUCUCCGUCAACGAUCUCCUGAUCAAGGCCUGCGCUGUUGCUUGCAAGAAGGUGCCAGCUGUCAACUCCAGCUGGAGAGACGGUUACAUCCGCCAGUUCAACAACGUUGACAUCAGCGUCGCUGUCUCCACCCCAGUCGGUCUUAUGACCCCUAUCGUCAAGAACGCUGAGGGACUUGGCCUCGCCAGCAUCUCUGCCGCCGUUAAGGAUCUCGGCAAGCGCGCCAGAGACGGCAAGCUGAAGCCAGAGGAGUACCAGGGCGGAACCUUCACCAUCAGCAACAUGGGCAUGAACUCUGCCAUCGACCGCUUCACUGCCAUCAUCAACCCACCCCAGGCUGGCAUUUUGGCUGUUGGCACUACCAAGAAGGUUGCCAUCCCAGUUGAGACCGAGGAGGGAUCGUCUAUUGAAUGGGACGACCAGAUCGUUGUUACCGGCAGCUUCGACCACAGGGUUGUGGAUGGUGCUGUUGGCGGCGAGUGGAUCCGUGAGUUCAAGAAGGUUGUCGAGAACCCUCUUGAGCUCCUGUUGUAGAGGAGAGAAGGCAGGGGGUAUAAUGAUGGGAGAUGGCGCUGACACUUUGUACAACAACAAAUUUUUCUAUGUAUAUCCUGAGCAACAUAAAUUCAGGAGACUGCAUUAAAAGCUUGAACACGUCUUCCCCAUUCCAGUCUUAAUAGUGCAUGAUAACACGGAA